GCUGGUUCCCGGUGACGCAGCGACGAUGCGCGGUGCCGCCGGUCUGCCGCCUCCGCUGCUGCUGCUGCUGCUGCUGGGCGGCCGUGCUGCGUUCACGGGCUGCAGGGCCCUGAACGCAGCACGGGACGGAGGGCUUCUGCCUGCGGACGGACAGACGGACGAAGCUGGCCCAGGCGUGGACAGACGAAGACGUCCCGUCCUGGAGAAGACCCGUCCCUUCAUCCUGGUGGACGGACAGAGACGGAGCCUGGCUGAAGCUUUACAGGAGGAUCACCCUGACCGGCUGCAGUGUGGGCUGGAGCUGGGAGGACAAGUCCUCCUGCUGGACCUGGAGAAGAACCACCACCUCAUGCCCAAACCUCCCAACAUCUUCUUCUACCUCCCCAACGGAACCGGAGUGUCUGUGACGGCCGACCCUGUGACCCACUGUUAUUAUCACGGCAGCGUCCGAGGAUUCCCCAGGUCCAGAGUGGCUCUGAGCACCUGCUCCGGACUACGCGGCGUCAUUGUCCUAAACUCCUCGCUGAGCUUCGAGCUGCUGCCGCCAGAUGACCAUCAUCAUCAUCCGCAGCAUCGUCAUCAUCAGGAGGAGGAGGACGGUCCAGGAGGUGGGAGUGGAGGAAGAGGAGGAGGACAUGAAGAUGAAGCCCACCUGCUGUUCUCCACUGGUCCUCUGGAGGACAACGCCCCUGAAGGCUGCGGCGUGUCUCAAACCUUGGACCCGCCUGCCUUCACCUCCGCCCACACACACCGGACAAAGAGAGACAUCCUGUCAGAGACCAAAUACAUCGAGCUGGUUCUGGUGGCGGAUCAUCAGGAGUUCCUGAACUACCAGAGGAACAAUAAGACCAUCAUCUACCGCCUGCUGGACGUGGCCAACCAGGUGGACUGGUUCUACCGUCCGCUGAACGUCCGCGUGGCGCUGACCGGUCUGGAGGUCUGGAGCGACCGCAGUAAGAUCCAGGUGGAGAAGAGUCCUGCCGACACCCUCAACAACUUCCUGGAGUGGAGAACCAGAGACUUGCUGCCACGCCUCCGCCACGACAACGCCCAGCUGAUCAUGGGAGGUUCUUUUGAUGGGACCACAGUGGGCAUGGCGUCCCAGUCGUCCAUGUGUUCCAGAGACAGGUCGGGCGGUGUCAACGUGGAUCACCUGGUUGGUGUUCUGGGCGUGGCCUCCACCGUCGCUCAUGAGCUCGGUCACAAUCUGGGGAUGAGGCACGAUACCGCCGAGCGCCGCUGCUCCUGCCAGAACGAGCCGCGCCUCGGAGGAUGCAUCAUGGAGCCAUCGACUGGGUUCAUGCCCGGUCAGCUGUUCAGCAGCUGCAGCGCCUCAGACCUGUCUGUCAGUCUGCUGCACGGCGGCGGCAUGUGUCUGUUCAACGUGCCGCAGCCCGAGCGCCUGCUGGGAGGACCUCGCUGUGGAAACCUGUACGUGGAGAAAGGAGAGCAGUGUGACUGCGGCCUGCUGCAGGAGUGUGAGGACCCCUGCUGUAACGCCUCCACCUGUCAGCUGGUUCCUGGAGCUCAGUGCUCAUCUGAUGGUGUCUGCUGUCAGGACUGUAAGCUGCGGGCGGCGGGCUCUAUGUGCCGCGAGCCACUCGGUGACUGCGACCUGCCCGAGUUUUGUACAGGCUCCUCCCCCUACUGCCCCCCCAACGUCUUCCUGCAGAACGGCGAGCUCUGCGAGGACGGCUCCUCUUACUGCUACGGAGGCGUCUGCGCCAACAUGGACACCCAGUGCCAGAUGCUGUGGGGGCCCAAUGCCACCAGCGCUCCAGAUGUUUGCUUCUCAUCUGUCAACAAACAAGGAAACAAAUAUGGAAACUGUGGUCAGCUGACCAACGGCUCCUACGUUCCCUGUGGAAGCUCGGACGUUCUCUGUGGUCGGAUCCAGUGUCAGGGCGGGACAGAGCGCCCCCUGCUGGGCAGCAUCGCUCAGAUUCUCACGGUCCGCUUCAACAACAGUGACCUGGUCUGCAGAGGGACCUUCUUCCACCUGGACGACGACGUGUCCGACCCCGCCACCGUGGCCCAGGGCACCGCCUGCGGCCCCGGCAAGGUCAGACUGCGCCUUCUGCAGGCUCGACAGGGUCCGAGUGAAGACCGGAUCAGACACGAGUGGACCGCUUCUGCUUAA